ACAUACCACCUCCCAUCCCACAUUUCUGCUUGUAAACCUCCGUAGCCCAAGCUAUUGCACCUUCGCAAUCUGACUUACCCGUCGGUCCCCGUCGGAGAGAGCAAUACCCGGUCCAGUUGAACAAAUAACAGAGGGUGUUGCAGAGCCCAGCAACGGUUUCGGGCUGCGGCAAGAUCACCACCACACGUCGAUAGUUGAGAGGCCCAUACCGCCAGAAUGAGCGGACGACGCGACUUCUUAUCUAUGCCCGCGCCUGAGAACUAUGUGGCUGGUCUCGGGCGUGGUGCCACUGGGUUCACGACUCGAAGCGAUUUGGGUCCGGCUCGUGAGGGACCUUCAGAGGAGCAGAUGAAGGAGAUGCUAGCAAAACGCGCGGCGUCUUUGGGUCAGGCAGCUCCCUCUGCGUACGGUGUGACAGAGAAAAAGGAGGAAGACGAAGAAGAGGACCGGUUCCAGGACCCUGACAAUGAAGUCGGUCUAUUUUCGAGUGGCAUGAACUACGACAAGGACGACGAUGAGGCAGAUCGCAUAUACCAGGAGGUAGAUGAGAAGAUGGACAAACGGCGAAGAGCUCGAAGGGAAGCUCGCGAGCAGCAAGAACGCGACGAUUACGAGAAAAAUAAUCCGAAGAUCCAGCUACAAUUCGCCGACCUGAAACGAGCACUCGGCUCCGUAUCUGAAGAAGAAUGGGCUGCGUUGCCUGAAGUAGGAGACAUGACGGGAAGGGCGAAGCGUGCGCGAGAGGCUCGCAUGGCAAAUUCACGGUCAUAUGCUGUACCGGACAGCGUUCUGCAAGCAGCGUCCAAAUCCGGGGAGCUUGAUACGUCGAUAUCUUCAAAUGAUGCCGAUUCGGGAACCAUGACGAACUUCGCUUCUAUUGGAGCUGCACAGUUGUCUGCGUUGACAGUGCGGCUGGACUCGGCGGCCUCCAACCCUGGCACACAAACGACAACAUCCGGAACAGCGACCUCAGUCGACCCGAAAGGAUACAUCACGGCAUUGGACCGAAAGCAAGCAACAGGUGACGAGGUCCCAGUCGAGGACAUCAACCGCGCCCGAGUCCUGCUCGAGUCGGCUGUAAAGACAAACGUACACAACGGGCCUGGUUACGUUGCACUUGCACGGCUAGAAGAGGUGGCUGGCAAGAUUCACACUGCAAAGAAAGUCAUACAAAGAGGCUGUGAAAUGUGUCCCAAGUCGAUCGUCGUAUGGGAAGAAGCUAUCCGCCUCAAUCGGGAGAGCAUCCACAACGCAAAGAUUAUCGCAGCAAAUGGUAUCAAACUCAACCCGAAGGCCAUCAAGCUAUGGCAAGCGGCCAUUGAUCUCGAGCAAACGCCAGCUGCCAGGAAAAAGGUCACUCGACAAGCACUGGAUCACAACCCGCAGUCAGUCGAGCUUUGGAAGACAUUGAUCAACGACACGGAAGACAUUGAGAAUGUGAAGCUAUUGUUCGCCAAAGCUACAGAGACAGUACCUCUCUCCGAGGAACUGUGGAUCUCUUACGCGCGCGUAAGUGACGCUGAUGCAGCUCAGCAGGUCUUGAACAGAGCACGCAAAGCUAUACCCACCAGCUGGGCGAUUUGGGUACAUGCGUCCAGGUUGCAAGAAGAGCUAGGGAAGAUCGAACUUUGCGACAAGAUCAUGGAGCGUGCCGUAAAGGCGCUCAUCAAGGAAAAUGCCAUGAUUAAACGCGAGGAGUGGUUGGCACAGGCUGAGAUUUGCGAAGAAGAAGGCGACAAGGCAACUGCGGCCUCGAUAGUCAAGAGAACUGUGGGCUGGGGUCUCGACGAAGACGACGAACGACGAGACACAUGGCUUGAGGACGCCAAGAGCAUAUCCGGUCGCGGACGGUAUGAAACUGCACGUGCUAUUCUCGGACACGCCGUCUCAAUCUUUCCUUACUCAACAACAGUCUGGCAUGCGUCUGCGGACCUUGAGAAGCACCAUGGCACUGCCGAUUCCCUGCUCCGUGUUCUUGAGCACGCGGUUAACGCCUGUCCGAAUUCAGAGUCGCUCUGGCUGCUCUACGCUAGAGAGAUGUGGCAAUCAGGAGACCCUGAAGGAGCUCGUAAGGUUUUGGGCCGCUCGUUCGAACAACUACCGGGCAACGAGAACCUCUAUACCCGAGCGGUUGACUUCGAGGUUGACGCUGGCAAUUACGAGCAGGCUCGCAGCUUCCUGCAGGUCGCUCGGGAGUCGGCUGCUACCGACCGGAUUUUCAUGAAGUCUGCCGUCCUCGAGCGGCAAUUAGAAAACUAUGAGGCUGCGAUUGACAUCUGCAAUCAAGGUUUGCAGAAUUGGCCUGGUAGCUGGAAACUACAUGCCAUCAAGGGUCAGAUAUACGAGCAGUUGUCAAAGCUCAAGGAGGCGCAAGAGGCAUUCAGCAUUGGCACUCGUGCAGCACCGAAGUCACCAAUGCUCUUUAUCCUCCUCUCCCGGAUACAAGAGAAGCAAGGUGCAGUCGUCAAAGCCCGCUCAACACUAGACCGCGGCAGGCAACAGAAUCCCAAGAACGCCGAGCUCUUGUGUGAAGCAGUCCGUCUCGAACGCCGGCAGAACAACGUGCCCGCUGCCCAGAAGAUCAUGGCCACCGCGCUCCAGGAGUGUCCCAAUUCAGGCCUUCUGUGGGCGGAGAAGAUCAUGCACUUGGAGUCGCGCACCCAGCGCAGACCACGAGCGCUUGAAGCGAUUAAGAAAGUCGAGAAAGAUCCACAAUUGUUUGUUGUCGUGGCUCGGAUCCUCUGGUCAGAGCGUAAACUAGACAAGGCAGCAUCGUGGUUCACGAAAGCUAUCGUGUUGGACCCUGACUACGCUGACGGCUGGAUCUGGUUUUACAAAUUCUUGGAGCAGCAUGGCACCGAAGAGAAGAAAGGGGAGGUACUCUCCAAAGCUGCCAUGGCGGAACCCAGACACGGUGAGAUUUGGCAGUCUGUUGCGAAAAAUCCCAAGUUUGCCCGUCUGAGCGUUGAGGAGAAGGUCAAGUCCGCUGCUAGGCUAGCGGAGUAGGCAGUGAAGGCUUCAGGCUGAGCAGUCAAUAAUAAGCAGACUCUAGAUCUGGUCAGAAAAUGAUUAGAGCUUUUAAUCGGCGGGUAAGAUACGUACUAGGUGCGGUAUAUAGCGAUCAGAUACUCGCUAAUAUCCAACAUAUAUGCACUCCUACGAUUUCCGUGUGCAUUGUGUAACAUCGGAGCAAACUACCUAGUGCCGGUGUUACGCCAGGCACAGGCCCCGAGGUGUGGGCAACUACCUUCGUAUUUCGCAUUGCACAACAACAUCAGGCAAC